GCGUGGUCGCUAGGUCUUCUGCUCUCGACGAGAACGAAACCUUUCAAUGUCUCAUUUGAUAGUGGAAAUUCCAAAAAUAUUACCCGAAAAGGGUAACUGGAUAUUUGUGGCUGCCGAAAAUUGGAUAGAAAACGAUUUUCUGUAUUUACCAGACAAAUCUUACUCGGUUGCCUACAAAACCCAACUUUUAAAGGGUGGGAUGCCACCCGAUGUGAAGAAAUGGGACAGUCAUCCAUGUUACAAAAUAUUGGGAACUUUUAGCACAUAUGAUGAAGCUAGGAGUAACCUUCCACGAGUAGAAUCUGGUCUUCCCAUUUUAAAUGAUUUUAAUACAGGCAGAGGCCAACGGGAAAAGAAAAUGAGAAAGUUGAACUUGCCAGGUGAAUCUAUAACGGAAGUUGAAAGUGAAGAAGAAUUGGGAAGUCAAUCGACUAGAAAAGCAGGUCAAUCCUCAAAGAAAAAAUCUCCAAAGAAACCCAGCAUUGUUAGGCCUACAACUAUUCUCCCUAAACCACCAGCUGGACUACGUGUCUCCAAAGGAAAAACCCUCAAAGAAGUGCAACACAAAGAAGUUUGUGAAGAGAAAGCAAGUAAUGUACAGCAAUUGAAACCUGUCAAUGCUAGCACUAUACAUCUCUCUACUUCUGAAGAAGGUUCAUCGUGCAAUGUAGAUCUUACAAUUCAGCCACCUACGCAGCCUGAAGGCACCAUCUGUCGCUUAGAUACUGCGGUAGCAGACGAUUCAUACGGAACACAGCACUUUGAAAAUUUACAUCCGUUCUCAUAUCAAAAUGCUGGUGGUCAUUACAAUUGGGGUAUGCCAUCGUAUUGGAACGGUAAUUCUCAGCAAAUGAAUUCUUUUUAUUCGUUGCCGCCUAUACAAUCUCCUUCGUCUGUGCUAUGUGAACUUGGAAGCAAGCAUAUUGUCGCUGAUAGCAAUAGAGGCACAUCGAGUUCUGCAGAAUAUUCCUCUUAUCCGAUUCCUACACCAUCUCCGUCACCUGACCUAUGCCAAUCUGGAAACAGUGGGGCAGUGCAACAGAUAUAUCGACACCCAUCUAUGAAAAGAAACCUUCCUGUUAUGCCUGAUAUUGAAGAUUCUCUUGUUGGCGUUCCGGAGAAAACUAGUCGUGUGAAAGGGGCUUCUGGAAACGAAGAUUUCAUCUCAGCGUUAGCGAAAAUCAAUGAUAAAUUAAAUGUGAUCGAAAAAUCUAUCAAGCCAGUAAGUGACGAUGAAGCUGCGGAAAUUCAGGAAGACAUUGAUUCUCUUCCUUUGAAGAGUUUAGAGCAAUUACAUUCUUUUGAAAAAGUAUUAACAACAGAUAAGAACAUUUACAAGAAGCUCGUAUCCCGUAUUCGUCUUUUGGGUAAGAAGAAUUCCAAAAACAGCGAGAGUGACUACGUCAGAAGAGCUUGGAACACUGUUUUUUCCGAUUCACUUUCCAAGGAUGUAAAUUGGUUAGGUAGACGAGAUAGAAGAGUCAACAAUGGAUCAGGAAAAACAGGAAUCAGUUCGUGCACUAUCACGAAGGCAGUUGAAGAUGGUAUUCGUUCAAACAAAAGUUUUUGGAAAUGGAACACGAAUCUUUCAUUCGAGAAACCAAACUUCAUCUGCGCAAUGCAAAAUCUCGGUUCUGUUCGGCAGAAAUCAACGCACAGCAGGCAAAUGAUGCUUGUGAUUCCAAUUAAAAAGUAUAUAGAAGACAAUGAUCAACAUGCAUCAGGCUUCGAUCUCAAGAUCAUCAUCACUCAUGUUCAACAUAGACAUUUACAUUAAGAAAAUUUGUGGAUAAAUCCUUUUUCGUUCGCGUUGUAAUGUGUGAUCUUUUUUGUAGCUGUCUCACAGCAAGUCCAUACAAGGAAUAUAU